CACGGCCGUAAAGCCGUCGGCGUCCUCGUCGAUUCUCACCCCGGCGGAGGAAAGCCCGCGAUAGGAACUCGCCGAAAUUCGCCGGAAUGCGCGCGGAGCGGCCGGUCCGCUGCGUGGAUUCCGUGACGAAACGACGGCGACGCCGGUCUGGGGGUUGCUAGCCUCCCUCGACUCCGCCUCUCGUUCCCGUCGCUCUAUUCGUCUCUCUUGCUCUCAGUCGCCUCUCAAUCGCUCUCUACCACGCAGCUGAGGGUGGGUGGUGAUACGCCAGUGGCAGUGGCGGCAGUAGUGUGUGAAUGCUCGUACCGGUGGGUGCUCCCUAGUGCGGUAGUAGUGGUUGCCGCUGGUGGUGGUGGUGGGGUGCUGGUGGUGGUGGUGGUUUAAAUUUCAGCCGCGUGCACGGGUUCACCUACGUGAGCCAUUACACGGGUCCUCGGCUUUCUCGCCGACUGGGAGGCUAUAUGAGCGGUCACGGUCCACGAACGCAAAUUCCGGCCACCCUCGCGACUACGUCCACGUCCACUCCUUUUCUCCUUCGUCGCGCGAGUAACGCUCUCAUCUCGUAACACCAGCCGGCGUGUGUAUGUGUCUGUAUCUGCAUGUGUGCGUGCAUGUGUGUAUAAUACGAGUGCGUGUGUGUGUGUGUGUGUAGCCGGUGCAACGACGUUCGCGACGCACGACGUCGCACGUCGCUCGCACACCCCGACCGAAAUUCGCGUGCGUUCGACGCCGACGUGUCGAUCGACGAUGCACGGGGCCUACCAUUGUACGCGUACGCGCACGCUACGUCCAAGAGGUACACCGCACUACGUUGCUCCCGUCGUCUCGUAGCAAUCGCCGAGACAACGUGGCGAUCGGAGAGACGAACGCGCGAUAAAAACCGCAUCCGCGUCGCAGCUGCGGAGGAAACGCAUCGGGGACGUAUCGCGCCGUUUGCUCGCGGAUACGAUGGAAAUCGCGCCGUUCCCAGAAGGGGGUGACCGCGCGGGGGAGUGAAGACGAGACAGUCGAGGUAAAAUGCUAUUUUUCACGGUUAUUGAAAACCGUCUGAGAAACGCGACGUGACGCGAAUUUCAAUCAGUUGAGACGUAUCGUAUCUCUCCGUUUGCAAGCGAGCCGGCAGACUCGUGUCGUUUCUCCGGAGCGAUCUCAAAGAAUCAAUGCACUUUGCCCGUAAUUUCCUGCCUCUCGGCUGGCUAACGUGAUACCGAUCAUCGCGAGCAAUGCGACGGGAUACACCGGAAUCGCGGCCGUGCGCACCUCGAGGCCACGUCGAUCGGAAUUACGCGAUGGAUGCAUCCCCAAACGUUGCUGUCACGAGCGAUUGCCGAGCCUGCUGGCGAUCGCAAGAGGGAUCUACGGACCCGCGGCGCAUCCGCGUCUUUAAUCGCCAGGCCGCAUUAUCGGCUCCAAUAAUCUCUCGUGUCUUUAGAGAGAGAGAGAGAGCGCCUCUCCUAUUUCUAUUCUAUUAUAUUCCCCUUUUCGCACGUAGGCGGUUAAGGGAACGGCUCGAUUUUCUUUCACGAGGCACACUCCGCGUGUGCGAACGCGGCCAUGUGUGCGCGGAAUGGCCACAUAUGUGCUCCGAAAACGCGUUAGAUAUAUGUAUAUGUACUAUUUACGCGCGUGUACGUGUGUAUGUAUGCACAUGUGCGCGUUUCUCUAUCGGACGGGAGUAUCGUAUCACUGCGACGGGUCCCCCGACCAGUCGUCGUGACCCUCUUCAACGUCGCGUAAAAACAGGAAGUAUGGUAAAAACAUUAGCCAUUCUGCCGUGAUAGCCCGGAGCCUGUUUAAUCGGUUGCCGUGGCGGGAGAAUGGCGGUAGGAGUACUGAAAAUUACCGAGAUGUAUCUCUCUCUCUCUCUCUCUCUCUCUGACCCGAUUAUUUCACGUGAAUCCGCUGCGAGAUUAAGCUGCUUCCUACGAGCCCGAUAUAUGUCCGCGUGUACUACGUGUAUUCCGUGUAUACGCAUCUAUGUACGUGUGUCUACAAUAAGCUAGAGAGGGAGAGAGAGAGAGAAGAGAACUAUAAAUUUUAUCUAAACGCAAUGGUCCUUCUCACGGCAAUUAGAUCGGUAAAAUCGUUACGUCAACGCGAUCCUAUGCACGGUAGGAAUCGCGGGAACGAAAAAAAGAGAAGCGACAGAUCGCGCGGAGAUACAGGAAGCACUCGAUUCGAUAAAAUGGUGCACGCGGGGGUGUCGCGCGGGGCAUCCGUGUAUGUACCUUUCGAAUAAAGCGCGCGGCUCACUUCCCCGGUUGUGCGUUUCGCAAGAGCGAGUCACAGGAUUGCCUUAUGGACGGGUUCUCGUUCGAGGUCUCGUUCGGCGUGACGGCUGGGUAUGGGGGAUGCAACCGGAGGGGUGGUUUGUUUUGCGCUCGACUCGUCCGCUGAAUAGGAACAACCGGCUCGCACCGGCGUGCACGUUUUUUCCGCGGUAUAGGGGUGUCGUACCGAGACGAUCGACGCGCGAGUCGAGACAAGAGAGCGAGAGGGUGCACGAGAAGGAAGAGAACGAAGAGGAGAAAGAGGAGGAAGGAGGAGGCAGCGAGAGGGCGAAAAAUAUGGCUCGCGUGCAUGUCGAGCGUGUCGGCUGCUUUUUGCUCGUCUUCUUGGUGCUUCUGUCUCUCGUUUUUUUUUUCUAUUCUUCUAUUUCGUCGUCGUCGUUGCCGUCGUCGUCGUCGUCUGCCGCCGUCGCUUGAGAAUCGUUGACCGUGUCGAAUGUCGGACACUGCAAAUGAGAUUCGCAGAGGCCGAGAAGUCCUCUUGAGGCCGUCUCUUUCUCUCUUUCCUCUUCUUUAUUUUUCGCGAAGAAACUCCUAGAGUAAACUAACGGCAGAGCGGAAGGAGGGAAAGAGUGCCAAGUUGCGGGUUGGCAGGGUCGUUUAAAUGUUUAGAUUCGCGGUGUGAAAGUCCCUCCUUUACCCUUAAGGCGGAAAACUCCUUAUCGCGCGGAAGCUCGCGUUCGCGCAUUCGGAAUGCGGGUGGGUUUUCGCGUUGCGGAAAAAUACCACCUUCCGCUGAGACCGUACGGCGGCGAGAGCCGGGUAUUCAAGUGGUUUUAAUUUCGAGCAUGGUAAUUUUCGUGGUUGCGGGAACGAGUGCCGGCGACGACGACGACGACGACAACGAUGGCGGUGUCUCUGACCUAUGAUGAGAAAUAAUAAUUUUAGAUGUCAGCCGAGGUGCGCGACACGCGUCAGGUUUGUUCGAUGAUUCGUCCGCACGCGUCAAUUGGCUGAAAUUGAGCUUCCCUCGCUACGAUUAUAUCGAUCGGAUUAUCAAGAAUGCACUGCUCUGGAUUUUGCCCUCGCGAGAUGAAUUAUUCCGCGAACAGCUGCGAUAUCUGAAAUGCAUCGCUAGCGAGAUUUAUUUAUCACGCAUAGCGUCCGGAAUGAUUAUUAAUUAUUUGGGAUGUUGUGUUACAUUUUAAUCGCCGAACAUCUACCGAUAUCUUCAUGGGUGGUUCCUCGAAGCUGUUUGUUGCGGGUGCAUUAAAAUACGAACGCUACAACGAGCUUACUCAAAUAUAUUGGAUUGCAUAAUAUAUAUUUGUCAUUUUAGUGGUUUUGAUAAUAUGGGUUGUAACAUAUAUUUGUUAUUAAAGACACUAAACAAACGGGACGAGUAUAUGUUACAAACUAAUAUAAUACUAAUAUAAUACUGCGUCACGAAAAAUACUAGCUUAUUGUUUUUCGCUACGAGCCUUAAUGAGAUUAUGAGAUUAUAAUGCUUUCGAACAAUAGCAUCACGCGGCACGUGUUGCUGUUUAUCCGACCUGAAAAUAAUUCCUCGCAAAAACUUGCUUGAGAGUUCUCAUAACCGUCCACGUAUAUUUUACAUGAAAUGGAUAUAAAGCGAUAAAAUAAUCGCCCGGUACAUGCAGCCACGAGAAAAUUUCGAGGGAAGCCUCUCAUGCGUCCAAUUCUUAUCAUACGAGAUCACGCGGUACGGAGAACGCUUCAGAGCAAUAUGCAGAGAACGAGUUUCCGUGAGUUUCUGAAGCUUACUUGCGUCGAUAGCCAUCGGCAAAAUAUCCAGUUGGCGAACAUUUUUUUUCAAGAAUUUAAUGUCUGAAAAGCAGCUUAUUAAAAUUAUUAUGCUUGCCGUACGCUAACAUUAAUGACAUACCACUGUCAGUUCAAAGACUCCAUUUAACAAAACACGCACAUUAAUUUGCCCGCAGCAAAUUACCCUGCGAAACUUUCACGAAUCUGCGAUACAAUCAUGUUCUAAUUAAAUAUUUUUUUCUUUUGCUCGAAAACUCUCUCUCUAUCUAUGGACGUCGCGUUGCACCUGCUUCGUGGUGUUCGACGCUUCGAUCCGAGUUUUCGCGAAAGCGUUCUCUCUGCAACGAGCGCGUACGUGCUGAAAGCUUGGAGAGCGUGGUGCCGGCGUGGUAGCGUUAGGCGAAAAGUCCGCACAUUGCGCGUCGUUUUGCAGCUGUGCACCGUUGUUCUUUCAGAAUCGACCAGAUCGACCGAAUCGAGGGUGCGGCGUACGAGUCACCGAGGGGAAUACCCGUAACGAGAUGCCAGUUUCUGCAUCGUUCGCGCCGCAUUCUGGGAGGAUUCACGUUAGCUCGCGAGGACAACGACCACGUGCGCGGAAGGUGCGCUCGCUGUGUUUUGUACAUUUCUACCAAAUCGCCCGUUAACAUUCCCGUGGAUGCGUCCACACGCACUACGAUCUACGAUCGGCCGACGUAUCCGCGGAGGAGUGACUCAAUCCGAACGUCGCCAACGUGAUUCGUUCGUCGACGUUGAACAGUGGUCCUGUGGAGCAGCAAGCGAGAGGGAAGGAAUCCGCGAUGUGCGUGACGGGGAAGACAUACGAGCAAGAAAUGGAUGGGAAAAGUACGUUCGAAUCUUAGCCCCGUAAAUAGCGUUUUGUUACCCCCGUCACGUGAAAUCGAUAUCCCUUAAGAGCCGGUCCGUGAGGUCGUUCGUCAGACCGGUGCCGCCUGUUUCACCCCGCGGAAGUGGAGGACAGAGAGAGAGAGCGCGCGCUACAGUCUGCGGGGAGUCUGCGGGAGGAGGCGGACAGGAACGGGGUUGGCUGAAUAAAAGAAGAUGCACGGGAACAGGCCGGCGUUCCUCACCGACAUGGGACUGCUAAUGUUCUUAGCGGUAACUGCCUCUCUGUUGGGUUGCUGCCAAACGGACGAAAAAGUGUCGUUUUACGGAGCGAGCUACAUCCAUCUCCCGGUUCAAGAGGCCAAGGGUGCUACUGACAUCAGUUUCCGGUUCCGAACUCAUCUCGCCGACGCUAUGCUGCUAUUGGCUGCUGGCAAGACGGAUUACUGCCUGAUCAAACUCGAGGCCGGCAGAUUGAAGGUUCACAUUAAUCUGGGUGCGGGCGAGAACGAGAUGGCGAGCGCCCGCGGAUUGACACUGAACGACCUCAGUUGGCACGAGGUCAAUUUGACGAGACGCGAGGCCAACAUCAGCCUGCAGAUCGACGUGAUACACACGACGAGGUCCCAACUACCGGGUCGCUUCUUCGAACUGAACAUACACUACGGCGUCUUCAUCGGCGGACGGGGCGACUUCAACGAACUAUUUCUAGGGCAUACGGAUUACCUCCGAGGAUGCAUGGCCGACAUAAUCUACAACGGCGCCAAAGUUAUAGAAUACGCGAGGUCGAGGAAGGGCCAGUCGGAGGCAACAGCCGUAACGUGGGGCUGCUCACCGGAAUUCGACGCCACGAGGGGCACGGAAGUCAGCUUCGUCGAGGACGGUGCCUUCGUCGCCAUUCCGCGUCUCAUCCCGCGCAACGGCUCGAGAUGGGAAUUCGAGCUGAAGACCGGCGCCGACAGCGGCCUGUUGCUCUACAAUACCGGGCAAUCGUCCUACGCUGAUUUCCUCGGCAUCGAGUUGUACGAUGGCAAGAUACGGCUAUUGAUGAACAAGGGGAAUGGCCCAACCGAGCUGAUACACGGCACCGUGGUGGCGGAUGGCAAAUGGCAUAGCGUGAUCGUGGAUUUCAAUCCGAGUGGCCUUGGCAUCACUGUCGAUCGUCAUGAGAAGACAAUGGCCCUGCCGUCCGGUGGCAAUCGUUUCCUUGAUCUUGCGGACAUGCUUUACCUCGGUGGUACGGAGUUAAAUAAGCGCGCUAGGGCGCUGGGCAAGGGCCUCAGGUCCGGCGACGUGAGCUACAAGGGCUGCAUACGCAACAUGGUCCUCAACAAGGAUCUCGGACUGCCAGAUGUCAAAGUCAGUCAGGGUAUCGUCGUCGGUUGCGUAUGGGGAUAUCCGUGUGUCGAGGCUGAUCCCUGCGUACCCGGUGCAUCGUGCACCCAGUUGGGCGUGAAUUCGUUCAGGUGCAACUGCGACCAAUCGUUGUGCAUCAAGCCGAACUACGCCGAGGACUACAAGAUUUAUUCGAACGGUACGUUGCCCGUAAAUUUGGAAAUUCUCUCGCUGAGUCCUCUACUAGUUUCCGAGGGGGAGAACGUGCCGAUAACGGGUGAGAACAUCGCGAUGGUGUUGGACAUCGCCAAAUAUGGCGUGGAAGAGACCGGCGUCGUGUUCACCUUGGUGACACCGCCGGUUUAUGGAACGCUGGCGCUGGACCUCUUGAUGUCCCGCAAAGAUCACUCCUUCACGUUGCAGGACAUCAAACAAGAUAAGAUACAGUACACGCACGAUGGCAGCGAAACCACAGAGGACAGCAUGAUUCUGGAAUUGACAUUGGCGGCCGGGCCGGAUUAUACACUCCCAGGAUAUCUCCAAGGAAGCCUCAGGUUCCCUCUUCACGUUAAUGUCACUCCUGUCAAUGACCCGCCGUUGCUUGAGAUACCGACCGCGAAAGUGCUGCGUCUAGCCCAAGGUACAAGAAAAACACUGACCAAAGAGUUAAUAUGGGCUAUAGACGCCGACACCCCGUCAGAAAUGCUGAUCUAUACGGUUUUACGAACGGACACCGACGCUGGGCACAUCGAGAAAGUUACCUCUCCUUUUCGGCCUAUCGACACGUUCACGCAGGCCGAAUUAAUGCAAGGUCUCAUCGCGUAUGUGCAUCGCGGGAACGCAAAACCAAACGCAAUGCUGGGCCUGCAAGUGAGUGAUGGUAUAGAGAGCAGUCAGCCCGCAUAUUUGCGCGUAUCGGCUUACCCGUUGCAGAUCAAAUUAACGCACAACACCGGCCUUGUCGUGGUGCAUCGUUCGUUCUCCUUUCUAACGCCCGCGAAUCUCUCAUUCGCUACGAAUUCCGACGACAACACCAUCGAUAUCCGUUACGACAUCGUGUCACCGCCGCAGUACGGCGUUUUGCAGAAAUUGAAGAACGUCUCCAGCAGCUGGACGAAUGUUGAUUACUUCACCAGCCGGGAUAUGGAAUUACACACCGUUCGUUAUCUCCACAACGUCGGCAGCCCUAAUCAGGACGAGUUCAAGUUCCAGGCAAGCGUGCGCGAAGUGAAGACGCAGCAAGUCUACGACUUCCGCAUCACCUUCAUCGAUCUCGAGCUGAGGGAGACCAGACGAGUGCCCGUUAAUCUCACCAAUACAUCGAACAUCACCAUCACGAGCAACCACUUGAGGUACCAGACGAAUCCACUAGUCACAUCGCCGAGUAAGAUCGUCUUCAGUCUCACGACAGGACCAAAAUACGGCAAUCUAUUUCUGUCCGAUCGUAAACUUGCGGCGGCUGAUACCUUCACGCAGAAGGACAUCGAAGAGGUCAGGUUGAGCUACCGUCUGUUCAGAAGAGCCUACUCCAAUAUACUCGACGAGAUAACGUUCAAAGUUAACGCGCCUCAAUGCGUCGAUAUACAUGCUACGCUGAAGUUCCGAUAUUACGUUGGUAAGAACGGUAAAUCGCUCGAGGGGGUGGAGAGUUUGAAAGUCGACGAGGGUUCUAGAACGCCUCUGAGGAUCACGCACAUGAAUCCAAAGGAGUACGGGAUAUCUUCCCUGCUAUACAAUCUUACGGUGAAACCGUACCACGGUUGGCUUGCCAUCGCGAAUAACUCAGAAUCGCAAGGACAGAGGAACGUUUCGUCCUUCACGUUCGAGGACGUAUCGGAGCAAACAGUGUUUUACGUGCACGAUGAUUCCGAGACGAAGGAGGACUCCUUCGAGUUUGUGGCGGUGUCCCUGGACGCAGACUUCAUGUAUGUUGGAAAGUUUCACAUCGACGUCGCGAUGAAAAAUGACAAUCCGCCGGGGCGAACGGUCGACCGAGUCUUUCACGUCGUGUUGAAAGGUGACAAAUUGAUAACGAGCAAGGACCUCGCUUACACGGACAAGGAUGUCGAUACCAAAGCGAGCGAACUCAUCUAUACCAGGAAGGAUGCUCAAAAGAGUAGAAUAUACAGGAUAACCAAUCCCUCGUCGCCGAUACGUGAAUUCUCGCAGCAGGAUAUCAACGAUGGUGUGAUACUCUUUCGGCAUUAUGGUGACGAACACGAGAAAAUCGAAUUCAGUAUUACCGACGGCCAUUUUUACAAGAUUGGCGUUCUGGAGAUCCAAGCUAGCCCGCCCUAUAUCAGACUGCGCGAGAACAACGGCUCGAUUGUCCAGUUCAAUAAAUCCGUGGUGCUACGUCCAAAAGAAUUGGAGAUAGAGACCAAUGUGUACGCGACGGCGAAAGACAUCAAGUACAAUAUAUGGGAGAAACCGAAGCAUGGCAUACUGCUAAAACAUGGUAGAGAAUCGAACAGUUUUACGGAGGAUGAUCUGAAGCACAGCAGUGUAGCGUACAAGCAUCUGGGCGGAUUCCUCACGAAGGAUGUCUUUAAAUUCAAGGUGUUCGUUAAAGGCGCGGAGGCGGAAGGUGCAUUCGUGAUCAAAGUCUAUCCAGAGAGCUAUUGGGAGUCGCUGAUCGUGCAGAGCAAUAAGACGAUUUUCGUCGAGGAAGCCACGAGCGUUCUUCUGAGUCGUAAGAGUCUCGAGAUAAUGCAUCCGAAGAUAUCAUCGAGCGAAAUUGUUUAUUUCGUGCGGGAAUGGCCGAAGAACGGCUACCUGGAUCUGCAGGUGCAAGAUGAGCACAAUGAAGAGACCAAGGAAGAAUACAGCGGCAACGCGGUAAACCAUUUCGAGCAAAGUCUGAUAAACGAAGGUCGCGUUUUCUACGUUCAGUCGGUGAUGAACCAGACGGACGAUCGGUUCGUCGUGGACGUUACCAACGGCAUUACAUGGCUGCGCGGCCUCAGCGUGAAUUUCGUGAUAGUGCCGGAGAAACUUUACGUCGAGGCGAGAGAAUUUAAUGUGGUCGAGGGGAAGAGCGCGGUACUGAGUGAAUCGAAUUUCUUGGUCGUGACGCCCUAUUACGUCGGCAAAGUGACAGACUACAGAAUCACAGAAAAGCCGCAGCAUGGCACGAUUCUCGACUCUACGAAGAACACUCAAGUGAAGAAGUUCUCGCAGAAGCACUUGAGUGCUGGAGUUAUAUUCUACAGGCACAAUGGGGAUGAGUUUUCGAGGGAUUCCUUCCGAAUGAUCGUCACGGCUGGAGAUAAAACCAGCGAGCCGUUCGACGUAUCGGUCAUUGUUCAACCUGUUAACGAUGAGAUUCCCGUGCUGGUGAACAGGACUAAGCUAAACAUUUGGCAAGGUGGAUCCAUCGUUCUGACACCAACAAAUCUGGCGGCCGUAGACAACGAUACCACGCCGUACGAUAUAACUUUUAAUGUCACCGGAGUGAGGAACGGAUAUAUUUCGUUAGUUACUGCACCUGAAUUGGACAUCUAUAAUUUCACGCAGAGUCAAAUUAAUGAAUCGCAAGUGGUGUUCACGCACACGAACGGAUCUGAUGGCGAGUUUAACUUCGUAUUGAGCGACGGGGUGCACACAACGGAGUCUUACACGGUCCUGGUCACCACAAAGCCGGUUCAUUUGAACAUCGAGUACAAUAUGCCCCUUAAUGUCUUCCCCCUUACCAGGAAAUUAAUAUCGGACAAGCUCUUAUUAACGACGUGUUCAGACGAAGCGAGAGAGAUUAGAUACACUGUGCGAAACGGACCCCAUUUAGGCAAAGUUAUAAUGGAGACAAGUGAGGGGGUGUGGCUCGAAGUCGAGCGAUUUACUCAGAGAGAUAUAAACAAUAGCAAAGUGAUUUACGAGCACACCAAGCAGUUCAUGGACCUGACGGCCAACGACUCUUUCACGUUCGAUGUUGAAACACACUUCGCUGGAACUUUAACAAAUCAAGUUUUCCAAAUAGAUAUAUCAGUUUCGAGCGGCGGUCUGGACAGAUACGUCUCUGCGAAAAAUGUGAGAGUCGUGGAGGGUGGCUCUGCGCAUGUCAUCAUGAACAUAAGCGGCAUCAUAUCGUUUCUACAGACUAACGCCGGAAGCAAGAAUCCGGCAGUUCUAUCCAGAUUGGUUCAUCAGCCGAGUCAUGGGCACGUAAUGCUUCUACCAGACAUGAACGUGACCACAUUCACGCAGCCGCAGAUUGAGGGCGGAAAAAUCGCUUAUUUCCAUGACCAUUCGGAUACCCUGGAGGAUCGCAUUCAAUUCUCUCUGUACCUGACCGGUCACGUAUUACUAUGCAACACCAGCGUUCGCGUCAUCAUCGAGCCGGUCAAUGACGAACCGUUCCGACUUAUUACCGACCAACCGUUCAUGACGGUUGUGCAGAACCAAAAUCAAACCGUCACUCGGGACAACCUGUUGACCACCGACCCCGACACUCCGCCAGAAGAGAUCAGGUACGAUGUGAUCACGGGACCGACAUUCGGCAGAUUAUUACUUCUGCCGUUCAAUCAGAACACGUCGGAAGUGCAUCAAGUGAACAAGUUUACCCAGUACGAUAUAGACUCCAAUCGAGUGAUAUACGAACAUAAUGGACCAAUGCAAGCGGCAUCAUUUUACUUCCGAGUAUGGGACGGUCGUUUCAAUCCAGACUAUAGAGUAUUCAACAUCCACGUGCUACCGAUACGAUUGAAUGUGACAGUGCCCGGUCCACUCAGUCUGCAACAAGGAUCAAACGUGGCACUCAUCACGGAGAAUGACGUGAAACUUGAUACGAACGCGCGUCAGGACCUAGUGACCUAUGAAAUUACAACGCAUCCUAAGCAUGGAGUACUGUACGUGCGCGAUAGCGCCGCAGCGACUUUCAAGCAGACUGAUAUGCUAUCGAAGAGCGUGAUGUUCAUGCAGACGGACAUGAUGGCAUCAAACGACAGCUUAGAAUUGUCGGCACGACUGAGCGGCUUUGUACAACAGCACAUACGCGUCGAGAUCAAAGUAGUACCUCUCAUGAUCAUGAAUCCAAUGAUGGUAUUGGCGGGUGAAAAAAAUCGGAUAACGCUGCAACACCUCGACGCGACUCCCCUGGCCGAGUUAACGACCAGUUAUCCUCUUUACACCAUCGUGAAGAAGCCAAAGUUCGCGAAGAUCAAAAGAAUCAUCAGGAGCUCCUCGUCGUCCGGCGAGAAAAGGGGCAUGCGCGAGCGAGAGGUGGCACGUUUCUCGCACCAAGAGAUCAUAUCAGGCGUGAUAUACCUGGUGUGCAGGAAAAUACCGUCGAUAGACGGUGUCGCGGAUAGUUUUAGCUUCAUUCUCGCGGCGUCCAUUUUCCAGCCGGCCGUAGGCGACUUCAAAUUCCGAAUCAAGCUCAACAUGGACGACGACAAUAUCACCCUAGGAGGUCCGAUGGAUCCAGUCGGUCACGAGGGCGAGAUGGCGAUCGCGCCGAACAUGAGCAACGAUUAUUUAUUGAUCCUCGGCAUGCUGUUCGGCGUGUUCCUCCUCGGCGUGGUCGUGAUCGUCACGAUCAGAUGCCGGCAUAAUAGAUACGAGCACACCGAGGAGGAAAAACCGGAAACCACUCCUACUAUCGGCGUGAUGCCCUUACCGAGACCUCCGGAUCACUUGAUGCCCGCCACACCACACUUGAAGCCCUUCGGUAACGAUCACAAUAGCGUAACAGCCAGCACACCUUUACCGGUGUUACCCUCGACGUUACCGCAGUGUAAGGUGAUACCCCUAAGUCCACUGGAGAGCAGUUCGGAGGUCGAUGUGUCCGCCCGGUAUCCCUACGGGGUGGCAGAUGGCGACGAGUGGAGUAGUUUCGACACGUCCGAUCUACCUUGCCAGUCAGCCACAACUCAAAGGACCAAGAAGAACCCGUUGCUGAGGAGGGAUCAGUACUGGGUCUAGCAGGAAAGCAACACGUUGCGGUUUACGCGAACAAAGCCGUAGCGUCUCUCAACGUGUCUCACCGACACUAUCGUGGAUAUCGCGGACUUAAUGUGCCUAAGAAAAGUGAAAUCUGCGACGGCGUUCAUGGAAAUCUGCACGAGAUCACGGAAAUGACCCGGGGACAUCGCGCUGGAUACGCGUGCGUCGAAUGAUGAUAGUGAGAUGACGUGUUUGACGCUGCGAGAGACAGGACCUCGGGGUGACCGUCGACGUGUGCAUCCAGUUAUUGUUGAGAAAGAUGAAAAGACUCUCAGACUAUUGAAGAUUGGAGAUACAUGGACCGGAAUCGAUCGAUGAUGGAUAAUUUGCGAUCGGGGAUAGAUUCGCGGCGUCUCGUGUAUUACUAGCCUAAAACGAUGUACGACAGGCAACCUAGAUUCUCCUUGAAUGUCACGACUAUCGCCGCUAUCACGAGCUCAAUGUGCCUAAGAGAUGUCUGACUCUGCUGACAUUUUUCCACUAAUCACAACGUCGAUUUUUCGUACAUCUACUCUAUUCCUUUCCUUCCCCUUCCGUCCCUAUCUCCUCCGGUAGAACGAGAAGUAAAGUCUACCGUUGAAAAGGCAGAUCUAAUAAUUCGCUGAAUCGAGAUUUCUACGACCAAACCAAUAAUCGAGGAGUUUGUCAGUUCACCAGCUUCCUUUAUAGCGUAGACUUUCCGAGAAAUUCGUGUGUCCGCUUUUACGUUCCCUCACCAUUUUUUACACUUUUCGUAAAAACUAGAGCAGUAAGAUCGUUAUAUAGAAAUGGCAUUUACCGAUCCCUCUUAUCAUAAGUUCCAGAUCGAAGCAUUAAGAGAACGACGGAACAAAGUUCUGUCUUAAGAUAUAAGUAAACGAAACAGAAUUGAGUAAUCGGGAUAAUACAGGCAUCUUGUGACACCGUAUCGUAAAGCGAUCAAACAUGCGCAAUAUAUCGAGCACCUGUAUGUUCCCAUUACUCGUAACUUCCUACCAAAGCGCAAAUGAAUGCAUUUAUAUUAACUGUAUUCAAUAUUUGGACAUAUCUUUUUAUACAUUGAACGAUACGUCAUAUUGUUCAAGAAUUAAAUUUUUCUUUCCCUUCGAUACAAUCUCAUGUACUCAUUUCGUCCUACUAUAUUAUAUUGUUACUCCGACCACGCUGAUGUUAUUCCGUGCUCAUAUCGUGCAAAUAAACAUAAAUUGAUGAUUAACAUCCAUCUGGUGAAACGUAAAAUGGUCAAGUUAUUGCAAUUGUUCUCUAGUGAGGACAAUACGUUGCGUUAUUUAUUUUAAAUAUUUGCCAAAUUGCGUAUCUAUCGUAGCUCUCGUUAAAAAUGCGACAAAGACAGAGAAAUCGCGUCGACUGAUUAUCAUGAUUAUUAGUAGAUAAUGUCAAUAUGGCGAAUCAUUUUUUUCAACAUUUUUCCACGACGAGUCAAUUGUCUUGGACUAAAUUACGCAGAUCGCUUGCAAAACGCGUCUCUGUAGCGAGCGAUAGAUACUAGGUCAAAAUACCACGAUUGACACGUAUCUUAAAUGUGAAUUAUUACUAACGAUCUCAGUUGUAAGUCAUUUUUUUUACGCGAGUCCGAGAUUUUUCUUACCAUGAAUCGUUGACGCGCGGCGAAUUUGUAAUUCAUAAGCGAUGAACGGGGUUGUGCAUUCGCGGUUUCAGUAUUGUCCGAGAGAAAUUUGUUAUAAUGGCGUGUUAACGAGUUCGUUGAUUUUUGAACAAAAAGAUUUUACAUUACGUUGCCCUUGUGCGAAUUCACGGUAACUUCAAUAGAUCCGCUUCCGGCCAACAUCGAUUAAACAUAACGGUCCGCAUUAAAUCUCCGUUUAGCUCACAGUGAUUAUUUUAUAACGAAAACAGAUUGACGCUAAUAAACGAUAAAAGCUGUUAAAAAUAAAAGUUAUUAACGUCAACGAAAAAGGAAAGUAUCAAAAUAUCGAUCGAGUGAUAUAAAUUAAUUUAAUCGUAAAUAGGUAAAGCGUGUAUCUUAUAUAAAUUAAUGUGUGGAAUUGUUCUUGUUACAACUAUACCAUUAUAAAAUUUUAUAUGUUGAUUCUUUGUUCAGUGUAUUAAUAAUAAUGUUGGUGGUAAAUUAAAAAAGGAACGGAUUCUCACACGAGAUAAUCCACAACGGUAUUUAAAUCUAUUCACUUUACCUCCCUGUUUUAUCACUGUUCAUUACUAAAUGAAAUAAAUAAAAGAGCCAGAGUUUUCAUUGGCAACAGCCCAAACGGUAUAUAAUAUAUUGAAUCAUAAAACGACAAUCCUAUUAACAUUUUACUCGAAAACUCGAGCGAGUCUGGCCGAAAGUGGAUUAAUGACAAUUUCCCUAAAAUCUUAGGAGCGUAAUCUGAUAAAAGCAGUUUAACGUGAAUGUUGAUUAUAGUGAUUAUAAUGAUAUAAAUAUAUUAUAAUGCGUACACUCCUGCUUUAGGACGUACGGUUCCAUGGAUUCAUAGCAUACGCAUUAAUAGAUCCUAAUUAAAAACAUUUUAUCGAGAGAGAGAGAAAGUGAGGAAGAGAGACACCCGUUCGUUGAUUCAUGAAUAUAUGCUACAGAGAGAUAAAACGUUAGGCUUUUUUACAACCACCAAAAGUGAACUGAUCCGAGUGCCAAACUUCUAUAAUCUAUGAUAUGUAAUUACCAUAGGACUGUAUUUUCCCUGCCGACUGAAUGCAUUACUCUUCUAAUUCUAAUAAAUUGAAUGUGCGAUGUUAAGUAAA